CCCUGAUAACUUUUCUCGAGGAGGCAUAUAAGAGGUAGCAUCUGGUCUUACCACCAGCAGCAGCCAUGAAGACUUUGGUGUUUUGCUUCCUGAUGACCACAGCUCUCGCGGCACCUCACAGGAAGCCCCGCUACCGUCCAUUCAUCAACAUGAUUGUGAGUGGAAACAAGACUACUCCAGGAGAGCUUCCCUACCAGCUCAGCUUCCAGGAUACUUCAUAUGGUUAUUCUUUUCACUUCUGUGGUGCCUCCAUCUACAAUGAGAACUAUGCCAUCAGCGCUGGUCACUGUGUCCAUGGGGAAGACUUGAACAAUCCAGAGUACCUUCAGGUUGUGGCUGGAAAGCAAAUACUCGACAAGGUUGAGGGAACUGAGCAGACAGUCAUACUCUCAAAGAUCAUCUUACACGAGAAUUUUGUUGGCUUUCCCAUCAAAAAUGACAUCUCCCUGUUGAAGUUGUCUCGACCACUCCUCAUGAAUGACUACGUGAAGCCCAUCGCUCUUCCUGAGGCUGGUCACACUGCUGCCGGUAACUGUAUUGUGUCUGGCUGGGGCGCCACUACUGAGGGAGGGACCCCAAUCAAAACUCUAAUGAAAGUGACUGUACCAAUCUUAAGUGAUGAAGAAUGCCAUAGUGUAUAUACCCAAAAUUUCUUUAAGGAUUCGAUGAUCUGUGCUGGUGAGCUAGAAGGUGGCAAGGACUCGUGCCAAGGGGACUCUGGUGGACCCUUGGCUUGCUCUGAAUCUGGCUACACCUACUUGGGGGGCAUUGUGUCCUGGGGGUACGGCUGUGCCUGCCCAGGCUACCCAGGUGUCUAUACUGAGGUGGCAUACUUUGUUGAAUGGAUAAAAGCCAAUUCUGUCUAAUCUUCAGGUUCUCACAAGAAUCUUAGGAAAAUGUACAAUGAAAGACAAAAGUCGUGUCGUGAAAUUUGGUGAAAACAUAUGUUUGUACAGUGAGGGAUUUCUGUACACUCCUUUCUUAAGUUCAAAAUAAACUUCAACACAACCUGAUCAGUGUAACAAGUGCCAUUUGCCAUUGUACUGCUGACUGAAGUUUUGUUAAUAGUAAUUUGCCUGGUUAAUAAAUCUGUAAUGAUAAAAAAGAUAGGAAAUAUAUAAACAGUCAUUUGA